AUGUCGUAUGCAGGAUUGACGGUUGUGCAAUUGAAGGAGAAGUUGAAGGAGAAGGGACUUUCUACCAGCGGUGUCAAAUCGGACCUCGUAGCUAGACUCACCGAAUCCGACGGUGCAACAACGGCAGAAGCACCAGUGGAAGCCGCAAAACCCGAGGAGACUGUUCCAGUUGUGGCUGCUCCAGUGGAAACUCCCAAGGCUGCGCCAGUGGCUGCUGCAAAGAAGACAGAGUCAGCUGCGGACGCGUCACCCGCCGUGGACCCCAAGACACAGGCCGUGGAAUUGCUUGAGGUGAAGGCCAAGCGGGCCGAGAAGUUUGGCGACCAAUCUGAGGCCGAUUCUUUGAGAAGAACGAUAAAGAGAAUCGAGAAGUUUGGCCUUUCGAAGGAAAAUCCAAUUUACAAGGAGCUGUUUGGUGCCAGCAAGGCGUUCAACAAGGCUCUCCCCAACAAGACGAUCAAGGCGAAGAAAUGA